AUGUCGCGCUUGAGCGACGAAGCGGGCGCAAAGCUUCCCAAGUCAUCUCAACACUUCGCAUACCUCGCACUGCUACUCUCUAGUCCACUGGCACUUACUUUGGUUCUUUGGUUGCAUGAAUUAAUUAUACAUGGCGAAAUUGCGAUCUUCGCCGAGUUCCACAGCGUCCGCCGCGCGUCCCAACGACAGCAACCCGAGGACGUGGACAUUAUGUCCGUGAUACACGAAUCCACGUCAGAAGAUGACAUAGCAAUUGGCCGCCGAUUCCGCGCAAUUCUCGACGAGGCGCACGACGUCCACGCUUCCCUCGAGAAGUAUCGGCGCCUUUGGCAAGACUACUGCACCGUGGAAGGGACAGACUCGGCAAUUGAAGCACACACAAGUCACGAGCAGGUCGCAAAUCGGAUCAUACACAACUUUCUUCACCAGUAUGCACAUGAGUCGCUCACACCGAAAGACAUACGUUCACACGUUCGAGCCAUUAUGUCGGAGAAGUUUGAAUGGCAUGAGGAUGUUGAAGGCCUUCGAUACUACGCCAUAUUUGGGGCCGAUGGAGUUUCGAGACGUUUCAUGGUCGAGCUACGCGCGCUUGCGAGCAUGCGCCAAAGCCCAUGCGAUGAGGCCACGGAAGGAGGCCGAGGGCUGACAUUUGCUGAAGGCUUUAGCAUGAUGCGAGAAGCGCAGGACCAACGACGAGGCGAGACGCACCAUAUUCGGGGCACAAGUCUGGAGGCUCUCUGGCGGCCCAGUGACUGCGUGAGCGCCAUCGAGAUGGCUCGAGAGCGAAUGAAAAUGAGCAAGGUGGAAAGGCCGAGGCGUCGGCAGCCAAAGCGGAGUACGGAGCCUUGCGCAGAAGAGGCAGGCGAGGUAGACGCAGAAACACCUGGCGAACAUGGAGAUAGACAGCAGAGCAGCGCAAGAGAUGGGCGAAGAGACAGCGCGAUAUCUGAGGGCGGCAUAGAACAUGGGCGAAGAGGUAGUGCCUCGCCGCUGCUGGAUGGGUUGUCAUUUCUUGACACAGCCAAAGACAUCGAGGCGGAGGAUGUCGAGGGCCAGCGCAAGGACAAGAAUGGGACUGAGGAGAGCGACGAGGGCCAGGACAAGAAUGAUGGUGUAGCUGGGGAGAUGAACGACAACCAAGACGAGAACGAGAGUGUGUUUGGGGAGCACGACGACAAGCAGGACGAGAAUGACAGUGUGGUUGGUGAUGUUGGUGGGGAGGAUGAUGGUAGGGAGGAUGAUGGUGGAGCUAGGGAGUACGACGGCGGCGGCCAUCUCGCAUUUGGUGCUGAAGACUCGAGUUCCACGGCGGAGGGCCUCGACUUUGCGGACUUCCCGCUCCCGCCCGCAUUCCCGCCUCUACCUGCUGCAACUUCACAAGGACAGCGGUCUCCUGCCCGCACACCUUCACCUUCUCCGUCCUCCACCACCCAAACACAACGCACAAGUACCCAUACCAGCACAGUGGCCGACACAAUUACAAGCACAAGCAGAGAUACGAUGCGUGGCUUGAAGCGACCUGCAACUGAGGCGCUUUCAUCACGCGCCCGGGAACCUCGGCUGCCAGGCGCUGUCUCGCGUUUCAAGACCAAUCACCUCGACCCAUACGUCCAUUCUCAGUCCGGCUCUCAAUAUGUUCAGCUCGCUCGGCAGUUCUUAUCUGGAUUCGUAUCGACAUCGGGAUGCACCAUGUACGACUCAGUCACCAACGACGUAGCAAUUGCCACCGCAGCCGAUGGUUCUGGCAGCCACGACGAAACCCGUGCUGCGUAUGUGACAGUGUACGACUACACCGCGCAGCAGGCCGCAUACGUUAUCCUGUUGCCGCUCCCGGCCGACGAGCUCCCGGCUGACCCAGCUUCUCGCCCUGCGCAAUCUCCGGCUGUGCGUUGGCUCUGCGCUCAUGUCCACUGCGACGAAUCAGCUGACUCGGUCAUUGUCCACUCGUUACCUGGUCCUUACUCCGCCGCCACUCUACACGCCCGUCUCAGUGCAGUGCUGUCGCAUGCUGUUCCUCAUGAUCGGGCUGCGCGGAUCCGCAGCAUACCGCCCGAAGCAUACAGGAUCGACGAGUUUCCUGCCCCCAGUGACGCCGGCUGUCAGGAUCCCACCGACUUUGUCAAGUGCAUGGCUACCGCGGUGUGCUUGGUCACCGAUGGCGAGCCUGGUCGGCAUAUCUGCGUCUGGGCUUGGAUCAGCGCCAUGUGUAUCGUACACACCCAGUCCAGCCGCCUCACGGAGUACCAAAGUGCGAUUGAGCUGCCCACGCUCAGAUCAACCCUUACCGAGAACCAGAGCCAUAAAAGUGACAGCGUCUUGGGCACGGCCGCUGCCGCGCUCGCUUCGUUCAGAUCCGACAUUAACAGCCAACGCAACGAACUCCGCGCACUGAGCCAAUAUUCAGAGCAGCUCGAACUCAUUGGCAGAUGUGUCACCAUAGCACGAGACCAAGCUCCUCCCCCUGAUCCUGUUGUUGUCGCCGAUUGCCAAAAGAAGAUCAGCAUGUACAAGAGCAACCUCGACAGCCUGAGCCCUGACGACGAGGACUACGAUGAUACCCAGCAGAGGUAUCAGAAAUACAUGCAGCGCUUGGAAGACGUCAAGCGAAGAGCAGAGACUCCGAAAUCCCUUCGAGACCUCGGACUCUGGGUGGACAUGUGUGUUCGAGAGGCUCAGAGGGAGGAGAAACUCGCUGAAAAGCGAUAUGACGACAUGGUUGAUCAACUUGAGCAGCUGCUCCAAUCCGAGAUAGACAUGGGGAGGGCGGAGAAAGCGAGCCGGACUGCAUCGGAACAUUACUUGCUGGCGAUCCACGAACAGACUUGGAAGCAAUUGCUCAAUAUUGUAGAAGCAAGUGGGAGCAAGACCGCGAGGCGCUUUGACGGACUCGAUUCAUUAAGACUCGGGAAUCGUAGGAACAAAUUUGUAGUAGAAUUAACGAAACUAUCACGAGCGACGGAAUCGCAGCAGCAUCAAGGAUGCUAUGACAAUAUUAAGAAUCUAGGAUUAAUCGAUACCUACAAGGGGAUCUCAAAAAUUGGCAUCCACUUCGCGCUCUAUGAUAGUCAUCGCCAUGUCAUCAUCUCAUCCUCCAAGACAGCAUCGUUACGUCGCGGUAAGAAAGGCGACAGAUUGGAAGCAACAAGCAUCAAUCCACGCCUUUGGGCAUCAUCAAUGAAAGAAAACGUUCAACUUUGUGUCGUGCGGCUCUUCCUAGGCUUUCGAUUCGAUGAGUGCUUGCGACUGUCAUCCCGAACGACAUGCCUUUUGAAAUAUGUGGUUUUGAUAGGUUGCGAUGCUGCUGUUGUCGUACUCGCCUGUCUCGAUCUAGACACUUUCCUCAAUCUGGCGAGGCAGCCUCCGCUAAGUACUUGCAUAGAGACAGGUAUUCACUUUGGCGGUAGCCUGUGCCGUGCUCUCUCGCUGAUUUGCCCUUUUGUGCAGCAGCAGCUACCAGCAGUUGAUGUGAAAGCGAACAUUCUUGGAGCACACGCUACGUGGGUGGCACAAAAACCCACGGCCAAUGCUAUGUUUGACUUACUGAUGACGUGUAUGUUCCUGCUACCCGACGUGCUCCUCUUAGCACCUAGAGAUUUCCAGACUGUUGACUUGAGCCCACCGUCGGCGAGGGAAAGGCAUUGGGCGAGUCUCUGCUCUGCACCACGUCUUGGGCAGCUCAACAGCUUUACCGGCGUUGAUGGAGGCGUUCUUCUCGUGAUUGGCGGCGAUUGGAACAGCCCCGGCGGAUUCAUCGUGAAAAAAAAAAUCAUCGUGACGGGAUUCAUCCCAAAGGAAGUCAUGCUGAAGGAAAUCAUCCCGAAGGAAUUCAUGCUGAAGGAAAUCAUCGUGCCGGGAUUCAUCGUGAAGGGUAGCAUCGUAAGCAGUGUUGUCGUGAAGGAUGACAAUGGAAAUGGGACCAGCAUGACUCUAGGGAUAGAUACAAUCACCGCGGGAGAAGGCGAGCCCUUGCGUGCUCGCAUCCUCGAUCCAUCCGAUGAUGGACUCAAAACCAAGGCCAAUAGGGUUUUGGUUGUCGAACAUGUGCUUGGCACGCUGAUCUCAGCUCGAGGGCUGGCAGAGAAGAAUGGGAUAAUGCAUAGAAAGGAAAAGGGAGGAGAGAUAAAGAGUAUGAGUAAGAAGCAGAAGCAGAGCGCUUUGGGAGGUUACGUGCUGAGUGACUUUCAAACAGACUUGGCUUCAAUGAGUGGUGCGCUUCCUGGCGAGUAUGUGGCGGAGAAGCCUCGCGGAACCGAUGUGAUAAUGACGAGAACUUGGUCUAUGGAGUGGAUGGCCAUGAUUAUGAUCAUGAUCCUGGGCAGGAUGUGUUGCAAAGAUAUGAGAAGCAAGAAGAACAAGAAGGCCAAGGUUAUGGGUGCGUCCUGGCGGGAUACGAGAGCGAAGAGGUCGUACCUAGUCCUGGGCAAGAAGCGGAAGCGUGGCGAGUCCUUCGAGGGGUCCGCGGCAAAGCGCAAGCGAGUUGAGCACGAAGGCUUAGAGCGUGCCUCGAGCGCUGAGGAGACUGAGUCGACGACAACAGAAGCUGGAAUCAAGGGUGGAGAGAGCGAAGGCGAAGAAGAGACAGGAUCUGACGAGGAAAACUUGAUAGAUUUAUCUGAAGCCUCUAGGGACGUGUCGAGUAUGACCUGUAGAAUCUGUAUUGAUUGGUGUCGAAUGUUGCUCACAAUAGUCGAGUCGUGUGAGUUCUCAGCGCGCACUCCUCACAAAUCUCAAAACAAAAGCAUUCUUGCAGAUAUGGAUCAGGACGGCAUAGAGCUUCCGACCCGAAUUACUCUUGAGCGUGAGUUUCGCGGCCCUCUGGAAUGGCGCAUACAGGUUUAUCUUCGGACAAUGGUUGGUCAUCGUUGGUUGUUGACUGAGCCCGCUGCGUUGGGAAUGUCGUCGUGGAAUUUCGCCUCGUUCGUGGUGGAAAUAUCAUCCAAUGCCCUUCUUAGACUUCUCAAGCUUUCUCAAGAUAGGUGGCCGGAAACCAGCUACGAACCGGAGAUCCUGUACCAGGAGGUACCACAGCACGCGCAUAGCCUGCAGUUUCAAGAAGGCAGAGGAAGUUCUGCCAUUCGGGCUUUGCUCGAUGAGCUCAACGACCUGGGACUGUCGAAGUGGACUCUUCUCGUGGUCGCGGAUUACCCGGUAGAGACGAGAGGGAGAGUCAUCUCCGGUACUAUCUUCCUCCUCUUGAUCGUGUUCCUGUGCCUCGAAAACUCCAUCAUCUGCAUGGUGCUUCCUGCGCUGACCACUACCGAUCUCUUGCUCAUCCAUAAGAGGCCUGGAAGAGGGCAUUUUCCUUGUCCUGCCAUUCUCACUGAUUUCCCUCGGAGGCGGGAAAAGCGUCUCAUCCCACUCAACAACAUCUCCUCCUCGUCCAUUCCUCCCUUGACCACCGAUUUCACGCUCUUAUCCUCCUUCAUCUCAUUAUGGAAGCCUACUGCACGAGGCCAAAUUCGAGAAAGACCUCGACUGAACGUGCUUGACGUGGAAGCCACAAGCAAGACUCGGGAGCGGAUUCUUGCGGAGGAAGUCAUCGCUGAUUCUCGUCUGCUGAGCGCGGCCAAGAAGUUGUCAUCAUCAGCAGAUAAUAAUGAGCUGCUGGAUGCUGGCCGCUGUCGACAGAUAUCCAGCUGGAUAUGCCGCUCCCCGCACUCAGGCGGCAACCUGAUCAAUUUUGAUAAACUAUCAUCUGCAAAGUUGCCGGUUCUGCGCACGCUUUUGAUCAAGGCCCCGCACUCCGGAAUCAUCACAGGUUCUGCGUGGGCUUUUGAUCGGGCAGCCGCACUUCUCACAGGUUUUGCGUGGGCUUUUGAUCGGGCAGCCGCGCCAUCGGCACCACCAAUCCACUGUGCGAGUGCCGUACGUUGGUGGACUGAGUCGGUAGAAUGGUGUGUUGUCAAUCUACACGAGGACGAAGGCUACGACGAUGCGCAUCCGCAAUCUGCUGAGCUCGCCAUCCGCAAUUUCUCUGGAGUUGCAAUUCAUCUGGCGUGCAUGCCUCGAGGGUUUGCCCAGGCGUUGAAUCAGGACCCUGGCAGAAUUUUGAUCAAUUUUGAUCAAUUGCAGCACCCCGCACUUGACUUCCUAGUCUUCUCUAUGAACUGCUCAAGGAACUACUUGAAAAAAUAA